GCAACACACUCACAGCAAUCGAUCACCAACAUGACAUAUGUCUGGGCCAUCGUCACUUACAGUUGCAUUACCACUGGUAGAACUAUGUGACGUAAACUCUUCGUCGAGUCAAAUGGCACAUCAAGUCCAUGAAUGCACUGGGUGUGUCGAAUAAACAACGAUCGACGAUUGCUUCACGGAGGGCCGGAGGAAGUCAUCCAGUUUUGCUGAUCCCACUCCUCCAAGGAGUCGGAGACUUCCAUAGUCUUCAGUCUAACAUAGGGAAUUGCUUGCUGAUUCUUAAUCUACCUGAAAAAAGUACACCUCUUCCUGACAUAAUACACAUACUUCUGGGUCGAGCGACCUCGACAAACCUCCUCGCUUUGUCCCAACCCAUGCAAGUAUUUUAUACCCAAGAUAUACUGUCUGAAACCAAGCUGAUCUUCUUGCUUGAUCACGAACGGAUCAACAUAUCCAGCGCUUGUGGUGCUAUAUUCUGGCCUCGGUCUACCACGUUGAAGCGUCUUACGUCUGCAACAAGUCCAAUAUUCUUCCCUGUAAGACACAGUCUAUUAGAGCCGAAUCCAGAGAAGCAUCAUACGACUGUAGAUAUUCCGUCAUCCAUCAUGGGAUUUGGAAUCGUUCAUAGCGCCGCGGAGCCUAUUUGUACACGGCAACUUGGUACACUGACUGAGGAUCUUGCUCCACUCCUUAGUCAAUGGUGUUUCACUGCUGCAAGCCUGCAGUCAUGGUCAAGCGAAGAUCUCCAAACCGGCCGCACGGCCUAAGAAUAGCAUCAGCUCUACACCUCGUUCGGUACCCCGGAAUGAAGGCACAUCAUCAACAGCUCAUUCAGGGUUAUACGAGAACCGCCAUCAUCAUAAGCAAAACAAUCCUUUGACGAUACAUAGAAG